UUUUAAUUGUCAACAAACACAGCUGAUUGGUAGUAGGACCGUGGCAAAUGCAUUUUGGCUAAACACCCAAUAAUUUGGUCACACUAGAGAAAUCGGACGCACUGCAGGACGGGAUCAGGAUACGGAGACGAUUUGGCGAGGACAACACGCAACCAUGAGCUUGCCCAGCGCCAGUAGCAGCAGCCACGCUCACGUCCAUGCAGCGUCGCCUGUCUACAGCAACAGCACCAAUAACAACAAGUCGAGUGCGGGCAACAAAAAGACCUCCUCGAAAAACGAUUUGUUACGCUGCGCCGUCGGUCUUUUGCUGAAACAAAAAAACUACGUGAGCAACGAAAGAUUUCGCCGCUCAGAUUUCUUGCUGCUGCAAAAUAAACAGCAGUUCGCGGUAAACAAAAUGCUAGACACGGAUUUACAUGGCGGGAACAGCUUUACCUACUCGAAUGUCCAGGUGAUUACUAACAAUCAGCACACUGUGGACCAGCAGUUCGGACGCUUUUCACAAUUCGUGGAGAGCCAGGCGGAACCGCUCCGUCUAGAGAUGAAGCGCUUCUAUGGACCCAUGUUGUGCCACUUUUAUCUGGAUCUGCUCAAGGCUCGCGAGCCGAGGGGCGCUGUGGAACUGCUUCGUAAAUAUGCCCACUUGAUUGCCCCAGUGGAUCUAUACGAUGCACCACCGCCCACCAAGAUCAAUGGCUGCUCCACCUCAGCCACCGACAACACCUUUCACAUACGCUUUGCCAGGGAAGCCCAGGAUACUGGCGACACGGAGCUGGACUACUUUAUGCGGCUGGUGCAGAUUCUAAGUGGAUUCACGCGAUUGGAGGCAGCCGAGUCGGACGACACAGUAGCUCAUUUCCGAUCGUCAAAGUACGAACUGCACACCACGGCCCAAGUUGUGGAGAGGAUAUGCUCCUAUCUCCAGCGGCGGGGUCAUGUUUUGAUCAUGAACCUGCUCUACACAUGGCUGCAUGUUCACAUCGUGGAGAAUGAGCAGCGCGCCUUCAGUGAGGAUCACCUGCUUGGCCUGUCGGAUGACCUCGAAGGCGAGGAACCAGAAGAGGAGGUCCCUAAACCAACAGUAUCCCGCGGAGACAUCAAGCCAGGCAAGUCUUUAACCGAUAAAUCAAAUAGAAAAAGACCCGCGGAGGAACCAAACAUCAAGAUGGAAGUAGAUGUAAAGCAAGAGAUUGAUGCGGAGCAAACUGCGGCGCCGAGCAAAUCCCAGCUAAAUAUAGACGGCUGCUUGGACACACUCAAGUCAGCCACCGAACAGAUACUCAAGGCCCAAGUUGAGCUACCGCGAUUUCUCAGAAUCAGCGAGCGCUCUCGUGGGCUCAACUCCGCCCACCUAGAUCCCAGUGAGUGCCACCUGCUAGCGGGAUUCGACAACUCUGCCGUGCAGCUGUGGCAGCUCAACCAAAACAGCUGCCGGGGUAAGAGCUUCUACAGACGCUAUCCGCAAUCGCGGUGCCCUUGGGAGCUGAACAAUUGCGUGGAUCAGGAGGAGGAAUCAGAGCACGAUGAGGAGGACAGCAGCGAGGAGGAUGUCAAAUGCUCCGAGGAGGAGCGCAGGGAACGCAGCAGAGCGCGGCAUUGCAAAUAUGCCGAAAACUCAUACAACGAAUUUGGUGGCCUGCAGCUGCGAGGUCACACGAGAGGUGUCACCGAUGUGCGCUUCUCCGCCCACUACCCGCUCAUGUACAGUGUGUCCAAGGACGCCACCAUGCGGUGUUGGCGGGCACACAACCUGCAUUGCGCCGCCAUAUACAGAAGCCACAACUACCCAAUCUGGUGCCUCGACGAGAGCCCAGUUGGCCAGUAUGUGGUUACGGGCUCCAAGGAUCUGAGUGCACGUCUUUGGUCUCUGGAGAAGGAACAUGCGCUUAUCAUUUAUGCUGGACAUACACAGGACGUUGAGUGCGUUUCCUUCCAUCCGAAUGGCAACUACAUAGCCACCGGCUCGGCGGAUCACUCUGUGCGCCUGUGGUGUGCGACAAGUGGAAAACUGAUGCGCGUCUUCGCGGACUGCCGACAGGCAGUGACCCAGCUGGCCUUCAGUCCGGACGGAAAAAUGCUGGCCGCCGCCGGAGAGGAAACCAAGGUACGCAUCUUCGACUUGGCUGCCGGAGCGCAGCUGGCUGAGCUCAAGGAUCACUCAGCGAGUAUUAGUUCUCUCUCCUGGAGUACGCACAAUCAGCAUUUGGCCACAGCCUGCACUGACGGCACGUUGCGAUUGUGGGACAUCAAGAAACUAUCGCCCAUGGGCGACAAUAGUAGUGCAGGAGGAAGCUCCUCGUCAACUACAACGAAUCGUGUGCUAACUCUCAAUAGUUCCUGCCAGCGUUUGGUCGAUGUUUUUUACGGGAGCAGCAAGACGCUUUACUGCAUUGGCACCUGAAUUAAACGGACAAAAUUGACGACCAAAUUAAUUUACUCUCUGAUGGUUUAUGUUUGAAAAUAAUUUAUUUGUAAUAAGUCUGUAUAAUAUUACUGUUACUAUCGUGUGAAACAA